AUGAAGGCUAUUGAUGUCGCGGCGAUUUCUCUCCUCCUGUGCCUGAUCCCCAUGUCCGCAGUGCUGGCUGAGGACUGCGCCCCCUACUUUGGCUCUGAUUUCCGCUACCAUGAAGGACAAGUCUGCAUACUGAGCACUUGCUCUGGAUCCUGCACAGAAAGGUUUUGCAGUAUCAUCCCUGUCCUCGAUCAAACCCAGUUUCUAUGCAUACUGACCAAUUUUUGGGUGGUCCUUGGAUUAUUCCUCUUGGCAGUCAUCAUAAUCAUAGCUGGUAUUAUCACUUGCAUCUGCAAAUCCGUCUGUUGCCUGUGCAGCGCUAUCCUUGAUUGUCUCUGCUGCCGCAAGCAAAGUCGAGUCACUGUGAGACAAACCACCACCACUGUGGCAGUGACCAAUGUCAUCCCUCGUCAGCCAAUGGUGCCGUUAGUGUGUAACAUGGUCAUGCCCUCUGCAGGAUACCAGCCGCUGCCAAGCCAGCCUAUGCAUGCUCACCCUGAAGAUAAAUAUGAGCUCCCGCCUCGCUACCCAGGUGAAGAAAAUGUGGCUUUUGUGGAAUCCCCUUGAAACCUUGACUUUCCACCUCUGAUUAUAUGCAAGAAAAUAAGACACCACUGUUCUCUAUAGCAUAUAGAAUUAUGUCUCUUCCUCUAGCUGUCAGAAAUGUGUGCAUAUAUAUAUGAAAAUAUCUUGAUAUUAGAAUUUUUAAACAGCGGUUUCCUGAGCUGAUAUGAGUGAUCUGUUUGAGUAUUAGUGCAGCACUAGCCAAAGAAGCCUAUAAAGGGUGGAGUAGGCCCUUUAUUUCAUGGUGGUUUAGCUACUCUUUAAUAGCUGACAAAUAGUAGUUUUAUACAAGUUGUUUAUUCCGGAUUUGAUAUAAAUGUUUUUUGUUUUGUUUUUUGGUGCACUUGUUUCCUCUAAAUGUAGGAGUAUGGUUUCUCCUUUUUUUCCCCUAACCCCCCUAUUUGCACAAAACUAGUUUUAAAUGUUCUGUAAAGUUUCAAUGCCACUGUUAAAAACUAUUAUGGAAAAAACACACGACCGGCCACUGUAGUGUUCCAUGUUAUAAUGGCUGUGUUUAGUUAAACAUUCUCUAUCCAGUAAAGUUUGUUUUUUUUCAUAAAGUGUUUCCUUUUUGAAAAAAAAAAAAAAAAAA